AUGAAUGAAAGUAAUGAUAAUAGUAUUAAUGAACAUGACUCGCUUCUACAAGAUAAUUCGGCAAUAUUAAGUAUUCUACCGCUGUUAAUACAAGAUCUAUUUCAUUGGGAAUCGCAUCUUGCAAUUUUAUUAAAAUUCCUUCAGAAUCAAAUAGGGGAAUCAGAAGUCUUAGAUGAAAGUCAGACGAUUCAAUUGCAAGCUAUAUAUUCCCAAAUACAAGAAAUUUCAGAAAAAGAAGUUGCGAAGAAUAAGAAACAGAAUGAUGUUUUGGUGAUAGACGAGGAUAAGAGUCUCCUAUUGACAUUUACAUUUGGAAGAGCUUUUUUAGAUGCGUUAAGUAUCCUUGCUGAUCCUAACAAUAUAAAUGUUGUUGUUUAUUGUGAAGAAGGAACAGAUAAAGAACUAGUGAACGAACUAGGCGCUAACUAUCUUCAAGGGAACUUUGGAUCUACAGGUACAGGUGUUUUCCAUCCAAUUAGCGUCAAAGUGACCCAGGUUAAACAGGUAAGAGAACGCUCUAAAACAAGAGUGUCUAAAAAGAGAUUGGCCGAAAUAAGCCAAAGAUUGGCCUAUUUGGAUCUAGAAAGAAUGCUAAGCAACGCGGGACUCACUAUUAACGACUCUGGAGAACUUACAACGAUACCUAAGUCUACCAGCACGCUGAAAGUCUUCCAGAGCAACACUCUGACCCCGUUUUCGAGGUCCUCGGACAAUUCCGACGAGAGAAUACGUCUUCAAAAAGAACUAAAUGAAGCUGUUGCAACCAAACGCGAACUGAAUGUCGUGGACUUGAAGUCAUGGUACUGUUCUUGUGAAGAAUUUCAAGCAUCAUAUGUAUCGUCUCCGGAACAGCCCGACCAAUUGGAAAACUGCAGGGAGCCUGGAUGCACCACUAUCGCUGACGAUACAUUUCCUACACUCUCUCCACUCCGUAUGAUUGAUGCAGACAAUCUAAUUGCAAAAUUUCAUGACAACCAAAUCACCCGUUAUUUUAACUCACUCCUGCCCCAAAACCAAACCAAACACCUAUCAUCAUUACCCAUAUGCUGUCAUCUCCUAGCCUUAUCCAUUGCAGCCACUAACUCACCAUAUACCCAUCGUUAUUUCACCGUAUUAUCCCUGGAUAAUCUAUGGUCAAUGCUUACAUAA